AAUCGAAUAAAGUGCGUUGUGAAAAUGGUGCAAAGAAAUUUUUACAAAUAUUUCUAGAAAACAUAACAAUUUAAACCAAAAAAACAUAGCAGAAAUAUAGUAUAAAUAUUAAUUUCUAAUAACAAAUUAAAAUAGGCGAAAGCUAAAUUGUAUUUAUGCUUAAAAACACUAAAAAAGAUACUAAUUUAGCCAGAAAGAAAAAAAAAGUAUUUCUUGUCUAUUGGUAAAAGGGUACGUUCAGUUACAGCCAUUGUUUUUUUGUCAUAUUUGUUUUGAUGGCAACUACAGCCAUCUCUUUCUCGCCCACAUUAAAUCCAAUAAGAAUACUGAAAUUAUGAAAACAAGUCAAAAUAAAGUGUUGGUGUGUGCGUGUGUCCAUGUGAAAAUGCAAAGUGUAUUUUUUUCGAAUUGUUUUUGAUUACAGUUUUUUUUUGUCUUCUUUCGUUUUCUCUUCUACUUCUAUAUGAUAUUCUUAACGUCUACGUAGAAAAAAAGAAUUUUAAGAACAUUGACGUUAGUGAGUGCUGGUUUUAAAAUAAAAGGGAUAUUUAUUAAAAUAAACCAAACAAUUUAGUGAAAUUUUUAUAGAAAAUUAUUAAAACCAAUAAUUGGAAUCUAACGAAAUAUAAUAUAAAUUAUAAAAAUAUGGAAUUUAAAAGCAAAUUAAUGAAUUUAAAAAAAUAAAAAAAAAGUGUAGAGAACAAGUGAAAAUUGACUAAACUCUGCCUUUAAGUUUGUAAAGAGUGUGUGUGCGUGUGUUUGGUGUUAAGAAAACCUGGAGAAAAUCAAUAAAGUUUUUAAGAAAUAUUUAGGACAAAAUAAUUAAACUCAAAUUUAAACUCCAGUCCUUUCCAAAAUCAACGGCAUCAACAACUCAACUUUAAAUAAUUAAAUCUACAUAAUUUUUAACUCCGGUUGUGUUAUGAAGCAUUUUUGCAAAAAUAGAUUCACGCAAGCGUAAAAGGUUCAUACAGACCACAAUGAAGGAGAUGGUCGGCGGAUGUUGUGUAUGUUCAGAUGAGCGUGGUUGGCCAGAAAACCCGCUCGUAUAUUGUGAUGGCCAAAACUGUACCGUUGCUGUGCAUCAAGCUUGUUAUGGAAUCGUAACCGUGCCCACGGGGCCAUGGUUUUGUCGUAAAUGUGAAAGUCAGGAGCGUUCAACGCGUGUGCGUUGUGAGCUGUGUCCCUCACGGGAUGGGGCGCUGAAGAAGACCGAUAAUCAAGGUUGGGCUCAUGUGGUGUGUGCGCUGUAUAUACCGGAAGUGAGAUUCGGUAAUGUAACCACCAUGGAACCCAUAAUACUGCAAUUGAUACCUCAGGAGAGGUAUGGCAAAAAUUGUUAUAUAUGCCAGGAAUUGGGUAAACCACAUCGCGCCACUGUAGGCGCCUGUAUGCAGUGCAAUAAAUCCAAUUGUAAGCAACAAUUCCAUGUCACUUGUGCCCAAAGCUUGGGCUUGCUGUGUGAGGAGGCGGGCAAUUAUUUGGACAAUGUCAAAUAUUGCGGCUACUGUCAGCAUCACUACAGCAAAUUGAAGAAAGGCGGCAAUGUUAAAACCAUACCGCCCUAUAAACCCAUAGCCCAUGAUACAUCAUCCGAUUCAGGGUCUUCACCGGAAAAGGAAAUUGACUCGACCAUGAGCACAACAGCAUCCUCGACAUCGGCCACCAGCAUUAAAAUCACCACCAAUCUAACGUCAGCGUCAUCUUCAUCAUCGAAACAACGAAAAUCUUCGAAUGCCACCAAACAGUCUUCAUCAUCAUCUAGUUCCAAUUUGAAUGUGGGAAAUCUCACCUCAUCCUCAAACUCUGUACAUAAUCUUAGCAAUACAACAGCGGCAGGUUUGACAGGAUCAGCUACAGCUAAUCCUAAUCAUUCUAAUCCAACUAAUUCCACAUCAUCUUCUACAGGUUUUAGUGGUAGUAACUCAUUACCAGCCACCGGUGCGGGCACCAACACAUCAUCAUCAUCAUCAGCAAAUCUGAAAUCUUCAACGGGCAGUUCUUCGAGUAGUUACAAGGAUGGCAAGGAUGGUGGUAAACAUAGUAAAAAUAUGAAUAAAAUCUCCAGUUCCAGUAAGGAUUCUUCAUUUUCAUCACGCGACUCGCGUGAAAAAUCCUCCAAGUCAUCCAAGAAUAAGGACAACAGUUCCCUGCUUAAUUCUUCUAAUUCUCUGAUCAACAGCAGUAGUCUAGGAGCCACAAUAUCCUCAUCAUCUCUAACCGCUUCAAAUCCCUUUGCUCUCGAUCACUCGUCUGGUGUGCAAAAUCUAUCCACCCACCACAGUUCGAAUAGUAUGCCAUUUUCACAAACCAGUUCAGCGGCAAAUUUACACGGAAAUAUUUCCUCAUCUAGCAGUGUUAAGGAUACAAUGAAAAAUCCCUUUUCAGCGGCUACAAAUCAAGCACAAUCUUCAAAUUUUCUUAGUGAACUGCACUCAGAUGGUACUAAUCUAACACCUACACCCAUGGAUAUAAUUUCAACUGGCAAUAAUAAUAAUACAACUGCUGGAACACAUUUGGGUUCCAGUUUUAAUAAAAAUUCAAAUAACUCACAAUCUUCCUUGCCGGCUAAUAGCAGCAGCAGCAACAACAACAAUAACUCCAGCUCAAAUUUGCACUUAAAUAACAACACAUCAAACUCGUCAUCAUCAUCAUUUGCCAAGAAACGCAAAAAUGAGGCCAAAUUGAGUGCAACGGAUGAAGUGAAUAGUCCUUUCCGCGAUAUUAUUAAAGAUGUUACGGUAACCUUAACGCCUUUGACGGAUUUUGAAAAGGAAAUUGAAAAGAGCUCGAAAAAGCAAAAAACCGAAUUAAGUCCCCCCACACAUCAAUCAUUAAUCAAUGCCGAAACAUCAUCACAAAAUAGUCGAGAUGCCGUUUUAAUAUCAACAACAUCAAACACACACUCAUCCGCCUCCUCGAAUCCAGCCGGCAACAAUCAAUCGUCGGCGUCUCAUCAUAAAACGAAUGCAAAUGAGGGCAAACUUACAACAGGUUCGUCGUCAUCAUCGGCGACAACAGGGCAUAAGUCGGCAUCAUCAUCAUCAAGUUCUAUAACGGCCAAAGAAAGAGAAGAACGUUAUGCCGCUGCACAGGCAGCCAUAGCAGCAGCAAAUGGUGGUAAUGUAACGACGACAACAUCAACAGCUGGCUCAGCAGCAACUACAACAGCGCCGGGCAGCACGGCCAGCAAUGCACCAAGUUUAUAUGUUUCCGUGCCACUAUCAACAGCGAAUGUACCUGGAAUAAAUAUACCCACAAAUACAGCGACCACAGGAGAACAUACAGCCGCACAAAAUACCCGCUCAACUAGUCAGCUACAACAGCAAUCAUCUGCCGCCUCCUUAUCAUCAUCUUCAUCCGCUGCAGCCAAUACUUUAGAUCGUCAAUCACCUUUUAAUGCUACAGCUUCAUCUACCACCUCAAUACCUUCUCCUGCCGCUCCUCAACAACAUGGUGUCAUUUAUCAAAGUGGUAAAUCACCUAAUCCCACAGCGUCUUCAGCCAACAACUCCUCCUCUGCUACAUCGGCGGGCAUUAAUUUAACGGCUUCAACCACUGAAACGGGCAAUUUAAAGAUCAGCUAUGAAAAACAAUCCUCCAGAGUUAGUCAAAUACAAGAACAAGAGUCAGCUCCUAUACGUAGAUCAAGAACUCCUGAUAGUGGUGUCUUCUCUUCUUCCUCGUUUAACAUCAGCAAUGCCAGCACCGCCAGUUCUUGUUCCUCCUCUUCGCUGCUAAGUGGCGGCGGUGGCUUGAAAUUCUCCUAUGAACCCCAACCAGGUGCCACAAAUCUACCCAGCAGUAUUGAUACAAAUCCAGCUGUAGCAGCCUCAAAUACCAUUAAAGAUUCACCACCCAGUUCACCGGGCUCAGAGGCUGGUUCUCAGCGUAAACGUGGCCGCAAGGCUAAGGAUUCUACAGCUGCCAGCACCACCACCACCACCACAAAUGUAGCCUCAAAUGAUCUCAAAGAUAUUAAAAUAUUCCAAAAUGGUGGUGGUGCCACAGCCGCCACCACUUCAGCAAGUGCCGCCAUAGCAGCUACAGCAGCAGCCGCUGUCUCCUCUUUAGCACCGGCUGCCACCACCACAACCUCUUCGACGAUAAAUGUUUCUGCCGCCGCUCAUAUGUUGGGCAAUCAAUUAAAUCCAAAUAGUAGUGUGGCCCAGAAGUUAUCCGAUCAAUUGAGUAUGGAGAUACAGGAUCAUAGUGUUUACAGUGCUGAUCCGCAGGCGCCACAAUUUGUGGGUGUGCCGUUUCCGGGGAAAAUGCGCAAUACUGCAACCACACCAGCUGUCCCCACAACAACUGUGGCUGCCACCGGUCCCAGUCCUUUGGCUUCAAUGUUUGGCAGCGGAGCAAAUGGUAAUCUGGCAAUACCCCAGAGUCUGGAACAGCUAUUAGAAAGGCAAUGGGAACAAGGAUCACAAUUUCUAAUGGAGCAAGCCCAACACUUUGACAUUGCCUCUCUCCUAUCCUGUUUACAUCAAUUGCAAACGGAAAAUGUGCGAUUAGAGGAACAUGUGUCCAGUUUAAUAGCAAGACGUGACCAUUUAUUAGCUGUUAAUGCUAGAUUAGCUAUACCCUUAAAUACAAACACAACACAGAGUCAAGUUACAACGUCAGGCGGUAAUAGUAGCACAACAACCUCCUCCAUUCAAGCCCCAACAUCCACCAUAAACUCUACACCCACUCUAACAUCAUCGUCGGCUGCUACAGCGGCUUCAUUAGCAACAGCAGCAACAACCUCUAUAUCGGGUACUACAUCAUCGAGUACCUCCAGAGGUGGCUCAGGGGUGGCACCAGCAGUUGGAAAUGACAGAAUGGGUCGUUUAACAUCAGCAUCUUCAACGUCAAUGGGAGGCAGUAAUAUAGAGAAUGGUUUAGAUUUUAGACAAAGCUCUAAUAGUUCUUCGACCAUGAGUGCUGGCACAAUGCCACACUCAGCUAUGAGUAGACAUCCUGCUUCAACAUCAGCGGCCUCACAACUAGCACCAACUAGUACAGCUGUAGCACAUAACAACAGCAGCGGCAGCAGCAGUAAUAAUAUGGUCAAUAUGCUGCCUGCUUUGUCGUCAUCAUCUGCUUCAUUAGCAUCAUCGUCAAUAGUGCACGCAGCUACGGCUUCAUCAACAAUGCCACCAACAGCAGCAGUCUCUGCAAAUCGUUUGCAGCAGCAUCAGCAACAGCACCAGCAUCAACAACUUCAUCAUAUGCAUCAUCAGCACCAGCAACAGCAGCAGCAACAACAACAUUCCCAGCAACAUCAUCAUAUGCAACAUGUUGCUUCUGCAAUGCACCAACCUCCUCCUUCCCAGCAACAGCAACAACAGCAUCAUCACACGCACUUAUCGUCUCAUCCAACAGCACAUGCCACUCAUGCAAUACACCAUGAACCUCAUCCAAUGACCACAUCGCGUAUUGGAGGUAAUGUAACAUUAAAUACUACCAACACAGCUGGCAAUCGUUUAGGUGGUUAUUCCUCGUCCUCCUCCUCUGCAUCAUCGUCGGCCUUACUAAAUGAGACGGACCUUAAACAGACGGCUGGUGGUAGUAGUGUUGUUCAUGCACCCUCUACCACUACUUCCCACACUGCCAACUCUAUUAUGGCAUCGUCUGCUUCUUGUAUCCAAGGUGGUGGUGUUGGUGGUCUUAGUUUAACAAAAUCUUGUCUAAAUGACCUAAACAAUACGACUAGUAACAGUAACAUUGGUGGCGGCGGUGUUGGUGCUAACACCUCUUCUUCUACUUCUGCGGCCGUCAAUUAUCCAGGGCCCUAUAAACCUCAUCUUCAGUCACAACUAAGGCGAAACGAUAACAUACCAAAGGCCAGCUGAAAUUUAUAUUCACUUGAAGAGCAGCCAACGAAAUCCACCAAGAAAUCCAAUACAAAACAAAAUAAUCACAAUAAAGAUGGCAACAAAAGUAUU